AUGCGCGAGAACAUUACCCGUGUGGCGGAGCGUGGUGAAAGACUAGAUGUCUUGCAAGACAAGACUGACAACCUCGCUGUCAACGCCCAGGGCUUCCGACGAGGAGCAAACCGAGUGCGCAAGAACAUGUGGUGGAAGGACAUGAAAAUGCGUAUCAUUAUCGCUAUUGGUGUUGCGAUCCUAAUCGUUAUCAUUGUGGUCCCCAUCGUGAAAGCCGUCAAGGGCAAUAACAACAGCUGA